AUGAAUAGCACAUCAACCUACGAUAUAGGGACGGAAGACGCCAUGAGGGCGCUAGAGCGCAUAAUAGCCCCGGUAGCCAGCGAUCCGGCUGCACAACCCGAGACUGGAUUCACCUCAAUUUCAGGGGGGAUCCGGUACCGCGCGCACUGGUACUGCGGGAGAUGCGGGUUCGGACCGCAUGACCCAAAUCUACACGGAAUUUGUAUCGAAUGUGGCGCUGUUCCUAGCUGA